CCAAAUGCGCACGCGCUGGAACUUCAUAAAGUUUGGAGUGUAUAAGAAUUCGAAUAUCCAGUAUUAACAUACAAAAUGGAACAGAUAACACUUCAAGCGCUAAAAAAUGGGCUUAUAUUUCCGAACAAACAGGCUGAAAGAAGCCAAUUGUUCACCAUUGUUCUUGAUAUUUCGACAUCCGCAUUUCAAUACGUAGCGAACAAGCUUUUAUUAAAACAGAUUGAGCCUCGUCUCCUGUCUUUCCUCGACUCACUUCAAGCUGCACAGGGGAUCAAAUUGGUGUCACUCGUGGCUACACUUUCGCAAAUCAGUUACCCCAGUUCACAGACAUUAUGUCAUUGUGUGCCCCUCAUAACGUCAGAAGAUGUUGACUAUGUAAUGAAAACUCUGAAAUCUUUCUGGGAUAGAUUGUUGCAUUUAGUUCCACAUGAGUUGUAUGGUUUAUGCGAGCCGGAGGUUGCGAUUAAUUUAGUUUUCAGAAACGCUUUGUUAACCUCCAUUUUAGCGCCCGAUAUCUGCGAUUUCAAAGAUGUAGUUAUAAUUAGUGAUAUGACUAAUUCAUUACCACUUCAGUUAUUCGACGAGUUCUUGAAAUUGUUUCGACUGCAUCAAAUUUCAUGUUCAUUUUUGAUGCUUUCAAACUGUUUAGGAAAUGAUUACCUGAGCAAUUAUGGUCUUAUUCCCGAUACGUCAUUGUUUGAAGCAUUUGCGUUUAACACAAACGGACAGAUUUUUCUUUCCGAUGAAAAUAUCUCAAACUUCUUCUCAGAGACAUCUUGCGAUAGUUUUGAAGAACGAAAGUUGUCAAGUUUACAAAUUAGUUCUCCCGCAAAGCGCGUAGACGGAAUUGUAAAUCAGAAAUUUUCUUGUCUCAAGUUUGAAGAUUCAAGUCUGGUUCUGUACAUUAUAUCCAAAUUAAGAGAAGGCUUCUCUCUUUCGCUCAUUGUAGAUCCAACCGAGUUUGAAAACUGUUUUGUCCUGUCUAUGGCUGUUCGAGGCGACUGUCUAGUCAAACUGGAAGUGCAUUUUGAAGGAAAUUUCACAGAUUGUGAAAAGUUUGUUGUAGGAGUUUUCCUCGAGGGACCUUACAUAUACAUUCACGACUUGUUUCAUUACGAUUCGAAGUGUAACCACCCGACAUGUACUCUCGGGUUUCACGGAGUCGGGUCUGACAACCGAAUCAGAGGGGUUGAACGAACUAUGAAAAUCUUGUAUUCAAUCUUGAACAAAAAUGGGCCCAGAAAAACCAAAACGGAUAUUCGACGAUUUGUGAAAUUCAUCAGCAGCGAGGACUUACCUGACUCAAUGGCCCAGGGAAUGCAGUUUUUCAAACUUCAGUACCAAUGUUCGGCUAAGAAAACGAGUAUUCCUAAUGAAGACAUUGAUAUAUUCGAUCACAUGAAUUUCUUUCACUUCAUUUACUCGCUUGAUCUGAACACAUGGCAGAAGUAUUUCAACGUGUACAAGUUGGUGUACACAAUGCAACCUGAUGCCUCGAAGGUCAACCUUUUUUCAGUGUACGGACCAUGUGGGGCAACCAGAUCUAGAAGUGCCCUGAAACAAAUAAGGGGAAACUUGCAAAGCUUCACCAAAGUCGUCAUUCAAGAAUUGUUUCUCUACGGCGGCUUUUUAGAAACCUCAAAGAACCAAAAAAAGCACUUGGUUCUAAUAAGAGUAAAUCCUGACAUACAGUCGGUCUUUACGCAUUGCUUCAUUGUGUAUCUGGCAUUUCCUUUGGAGGUUUCAAAAGAAGAUCGCGAGAUAGUAUUGAACGAGUUCGAAGACUCAAUGGAAAAACUUGAAUUAAACGAAGGCAAUCAACCAGUUAAAACCGUGCAUAAAUUUUCAAAAUGCAUCGACAAGCUUUCGAUUCGUUAUGAUAAUUGUCCAGAUUUUUUUAAUGUAGUCUUGCCUCCGAGUUUGGAAUACUUAAUUGACGAAACUCGAGAUGAUUUUCAGAAUAAGGUAUCCCUAAACGUCUAUUCGACUCUGAGCAGGUUUCUGUAUCACAGGCGUUGGAUAAAAAGGGUUCCCAAUUUGGUAAAAAUGUCUAAUUUUACUGAUCAAAAUGAGUCACUCUUAUCAGUGAAUAAUACCAGCGUCGAUAGCUGUUACGAAAAAGUGAUGAAAAGAAUCGUACAACUGAGGUUGAGUGAAGGCUUCCAAACUGUUUACGGGAGCCAGGGAGUUUACUUGUUGGUAAAAGAAGUGACUGUUAAAGUGAGCGAUGAGCUAGAAAGCAAAGCCGUGAUUCAGUAUGUCUGCUUUAGACCUAAAUUGGAGGAAGGCGCUCUCAGCUUACUUUUGUGCUCUGAGUGCUGGGUCGAGCCGCACCAUGGUCAGAUUGAAACUUCAUUCUUAGACAAUGAAUCGCAAGAUCUCUGCUCUUACAAAGAACUGGUGCAAAGAAUUGAGCAGAAAGACCAAAAAGUGAUGGAAAAUACGUUGAAUUUUUUGUACACACGUGAGCUUAUAAAGAACGAAAAUAUUGAAAUCAACAACUGGAAUCUUGAUUCGCCAAACAGCAAGCAGCAAGACAAUGAGUCGGUAUCCAGCUUUGGAAGAGAUACAGAAUAUCCAGAAAAGACAGUCUUCUCCUCAGAGUUUUGCUGGGAUGCUCUGAACCUCUGCAAGUUUGGCAAUCUUUUCACAAUGACUUUCAAGUCCUUUUCGAUUAUAGAAAACUCAGAACGAAAUUUGGAAAAACGAAAUGACUGGCUGUUGAAAACUUUUCACGACUAUCUGGAAAAGUCAACUCAACUUUGCUUUUAUCUUUCUCAAAGUGGAGCUGAAAAGCUGGACCAAAUGCUUCUGCAGCGAUCUGACACUUUCAAUCGUAUGAAAACAGAUCUGCCUGAAAGUUCGAGAAAGACCCAUGCGGAUCCCGAAUGUUUCACAUUAAUGUAUGAUUUGGACAGAAAGACGUAUCAGCAAAAUAUGCAAAAUUCAGUAACUAAUUGGGUAGUUUAUUUGGUGGCCUUAACUGAAACUGAUCUAGUGUAUCUUUUUGUACCGUUUUCCUUAGCUGAUAUCCAAGCUCUCAACAAAGAAGACGCGACAUGUUAUACAUUUCCGCUGUUCAUUUUUGAGUGCAAUUAUUUAGGACUUGAGUCAUUGUGUGUCGGUGAAACCAGAGUCCCGACCUUGUUUGACUCUGAAAGCUCUGAACUCAGCAAUGAUUCUAUGGUAAACAUGAGUCUUGAAUCGACUACGAAGUCUUUUUUGACUGUUCUCGACUUGGCACAGAAUCUCUUCAAUCAAAGCUACGCCAGAGUUCUAUACUACUUGUUUGUCGAGAACUCUGAAACUUAUCCGCACAAAAAGAUGAAACCAAAGUACAACUGGGCAAAAGAGCUUCAAGCGCUGAGCAAAAUUCUGGACCAGUCGAAUGAGAAUUUUUAUGCCAAAGAUUUCAACUUGACGCCAAUGCUUUCACUAAAUUGUUCACACAUAACUGAUGAUGCGGAUGGAAUAAACAAAGAACUGAAGUUCGAAGAAUCAAUUGAUUGCUCAGUUCUAGACCACGUUAAGUUCGCACCAGUAGGAAUUCAAGAAUCCCUGACUUCUGAUUCAGAAUCUUGCACAAAUCCAAGACGAAGAUGCAUUCAAGGGCGCUUUAAAGACAUUUUGUACGAACAUUACCAGCCUAUUGAAACUCCUGAAAUAAUCUCGAACCCGAAUGAAGCAACUAAUAUUUUCUUUUGGAAACAAAUUGAUUCGUGUUGUGACAUUUCGCCCUCGGAUUUUGAUUCGGUAGCGUUCCGAAGAGCUGAAGAUGAUUCGGAUAAUUAUUUCCAAGCUAUGAGUGCUCUACAAGAUGUGCCGGUUUUACCAGAGCCUUUAUUCCUCCGACUUGCAUGUGCUGCCGAAAUCAAUGGGUCUCAAUUUUGUGAAAUAUCUUUGGGUCCGAAACUGCCGACUUGCUUGAAAGACAUUUUCUUGAACGUCUACAAUCAAGUCAAGGACCAAAUAUCGGAGGAGGGCUCGAAUGUUGAAUCUGAUUGGCUGAGAAAAAUAGGAGCGCCCUUGAAAAUUGAGAAAUUGCGGGUUUGUAUCAAGUUCUACUUCCUGCAUCUCCCGCCGAAGGAGAAUUGCUUCAACGUCGUAAAUGACUUUGUUGGAGCAUCUAGAGUCCGAACAUCGAGUUCAGUUUAUGAGUACAUCCCGAACUCUAAUAACGCUGACUCGUUUUAUAGCGCAGACCUUGACACGAGCGAUAUUCCAAAUCACGUGCCCAGUCAAGAAAGGUUUCUGGCGCGUAUGAAAUGGUUGAUUAGUGACGUGGUGGCCACAUGUUUGCAUGAUACUGGCUCAGCCAAUCUUCUGGGUAUUCAAGUGCAUGAAAAGAUAAAGAAACACGUGAAGGAAUACGAAAGUAGACAUUCUAACUCAGAUUUCCGUGAGCUCAUUUUGAAGUUUGUCGAAAAGGACGUUGCCAGUUUUGAUUUGCUUGAAAAGGAGCUUGAAAAAUUUGAGUGGAAAAAUUUUAAAAUCUGCUCAUUAGGCGCAAAUAAACUUAUGUACUCUUUAUUUGUAGAUCCAGAAGCCAGCCUGAAAAGUAGUAAAAAUAAAAUUUUAUUAAAGAGACGUAGAGAGGUGAAAACUCAGAUAAAAAACGAAGCCAGUUCUGGAAACACAUCAGAUGUAGGAUGUGACUGUUGCCAUGAUUACGGCGGAUUUGUUGCUUCAUCCAAUCAGGAGGUUUCCGAGAUGGACAAGAGUGACAGUACUAGAAGCUUAACUGUUUCCGAGAAGGUCGAGAGCGGCAGUAAAAGAAGCUGGACUGGUGGCGUGUUAGAAGACAAUGACAAAUCCCUUCUGGAGACUGAUUUCAUGAAAGAAUUCGAGGAAUGUCUGCACCAAGAUAAUCCUAUGCUGACUUCAUCUCUGGAAGAUGUCCGACCGGCAGAAAAUGAUACGCUAGGCGGUCCUCAGGUAAACACGAAUGUACAGGGAGAGAAUAAGUUUGACGAAAGUUUCGACGAUGAGAGAGUAGAUACUUUGAAACUGUGUUGCGAUUACGAUGGAGACACGAGUAACAACAUGGACUCGACAUCGUCGCAAGGUGAUACUGUCGACAUCUUUAGGCCAAAAGCGGAAAAUUUUUGGAUGGUUUUUGAACUUGAAACGACUCCAAAGGUCUACAUCUGCAGAAUUUAUCUACACAAGCCGUUUUGUUGUGAAAAUGACGUUUCAGCCUGCUGCUCUGAUCCCGCGUUUCAAGAAUUCGAAAAAUAUGUUCAUAAAAGUGUGCAUAAAGUGAACCAAAUCAAACUUCUGGACCAUUUUUACGAGCAUGAGCAGAGUCUUCCGAUUCUGUUGAAUUACACUGGAGAACGAGGUAGUUCCAUUGAGCCAGUAGUGGAUUGGCGAGAGUUAAUGUUAACUGCAGAUUUCACAGAAUGGGAUCCGGAUGAGUUCAAAUGCGACGAAGUGAAACGCAUUGAGAUUCCGAUCCAUGUCCGCAUCCAGCCUGCGAACCCGAAAUCGGGAAGCGAAAAUGUAUCGACUGCCGUUCUAAACGUGUUUGCAAAACGAGGAAUCAAAACAGCUAGAAUACCUCCUGCAGUUUCUUUGUAUAAAACAGACGAAGGAGAUGUUUUCUACUUGAAGUGCGCAAUCGAAGACAAUACUUCAUCUAAAAAGUCAACAGGAGGGGGGAAAUUGAGUGAUAGUGGUACGCGAUACGGCGAAGUGUUUCAAUCCUCGCAAACUCUGUCCUACUCCACCCCAAGAAUCAAGUAUUCCCUGGUUGUGAGUGUUUUCGGGGUUGGGCAACUCGAUUGCUUCCUCAAAGUGGAUCUAAAAAAUCAAUUGGAGGCAUCUCUGAGAGACAGAACUUUGUCUCAACUUUGGACUGCCUUUUUGCAAAGUCAGUGCAAGUUGUACACGGCUGAUGUUGAGCUUCUACAGAGUCGAAAUGUGACCCCGAAUGUGUAUGUGUUCGAAAUUCCGACUGAAUUCUAUGGUUAUUUGUACCAUUUCAUGUGGCAUCUGCAGAGCAAUUUGAACUUGUACACAGUCGAACCGAAAUACUGGAAUGUAGAAGAGCAUGAGUUUCACUUCAAAGGGCUCAACGGCGAGUCUUGUCAAAGCGUGAACUGUCGUCUGUUUGUCAAUGUAAAGGACGAGUCUUAUUUGCUGAGAAGCAACCCUCUGUCUUCUAAGCCUCUGAGGUCGAGGAGUGAUCCUGGGAUUGCGCUGCUCGAAUUUUCAAUCAUUUCUCCGACGGAGGACAAAAGGAACCGUUCUUUCAGGUUAAAUACUGACGAUUUGAACAUGUUCUCAGAUGAGGCAAAUUUACCUUUUUGCGAAAUUGUUGAAAAAGAUUCAAUGAAAGACGACAAGUAUUACAUCCGAUUCUGCGUGUGGGAAACGGGAAAGAUUGACAGGGAGAAGUUGUUGAACAAAGUGGUGGAAAGUUGCAUUACUCAGGCACUGUGCGAUGUGUACAUAGAGUACAAACUCUUGAACCAAGCUCCUGUGGGUGUCGACGGUCCAGGGGCAAAGGAUGUGAACCAUGUUGACCUUCUCAGUUUGCCUCCAGAAUCUUACCUGCACCAUCAUCACCACGCAUCGUCCGUUGACAAAAUUGCGUUUUACUUGAACCAAGUGUUUCCGUGGUUAAUUAAAAGUCGAGAACAAUCAAGUUGCAUGUCAGUGAUCACGCAUAAGUGCUCGAUUAACUUCCGACAAAGGUUAUCAGAGUUCUUUUUCUCGGUCCAAAAUGCAAUUAAACAGGAUAACAAAGGAACCGAAUUUGUUUGGCUGUUGUAUCGGAACAAAAACGGACACUUGCAUAAAAUAAGAGAUCAAUCUCUGACCAAAGCGUUGAAUUGUGGCGAAAUGGGCUUGGAUUUCCCGGAACUGGUGCUGCCACCUCAGACUGAUUUAGCCGAGUACUACUUCCUCGCAUUCAACCCGAACGAGUGGAGUUUCACGGGUCGAAGCCGCCACGCUUCUGGAAAUUCUGAGUCUAAAUUUUCUGUCGCCCGUCACCAGGUAGUGCAUGUGCCGAAAGAUAUAUUCGUAGAUACAGUCAAUAGACGAAGUGUUAUUAUCGGAAAAUUCCAAAACCGAGAACUUUUUUCCGUCGCUUACAAUAUUUCAAGUGUGAAUAAUUUCUUCAGUCAUUUUGACGAAAGGGCUCAAAGCAUGAACUUCGACUCUCGUAUUUUGAACUGUAUCGUUCGACAAAAAAUGGGCAUUUUCAACCAUAAAUGCUUCACAGAUAUAAUUAAACGAACCUCGAGAAACAGAAAUCAGCAGAGAACGAUUGCGUUUCAGGAGAAAUUUAAAGAACACAGGGUUGCUCUGGACCCCAAAAUUGACGUUUCAAAAGCUGAUGACGUUAUGAGACAACAGCCGAAUAUUUACAGCAAAAUAAUCGCAGCACAGGAAAAAGUUAACUUCAGUAAAGCUACAAGGUUGGGUCAAAUAUUUACACCCAAAGUCAAAAUUUCGUUUGUCGAAGCAUUGAAACAAUUUGCUCACACUUAUGAGUAUGGUAGAACAAAACGGCACAUUCGAGAUUAUCUGAAAAAGUUCGAAAAUAACGUGGAGCAAAAGAUAGACAGCCUCGCUGUUAAUCGUGACGAACUUGAACUUAUUUUGUCUAGAUCAAGAUUGUAUCAUUACGUAACAACGCCCAUGUUUUUUGCUUCUUCAUGGCACAAACUACAGGCUCAAAAUUCGAACACGAUGCAAGUUCCGUCAGAAUCAGAUUUCCAGGCAAAUAAACUUUCCAAUACUUGGUACGAUGAUCGCAAAGAGGAGAUAAUGGAUGGUUUUUCGAGAAGAUUUGAAAGCAAAAUUCAACUCCAGAUAACCCAGCAUAACCCAAAUAUGAGUCAUACCUCCCGAGUAAAACAUCAAAGUGGAAACUAUCCAUUGCACCAGCAAUCGUCCCAAUUGUUGUUCUUCCCCGGACCUCGGAAUGUUCCUGCCUCUUCGUUUAAAUUUGCGCGUUACUUUGUUCGAUCAGUGAAUUAUGGUGGCGUUGCUGUGAUCAAAUACGGAUUUUACAUAAACGAGUACGACUGUUUUUUCUGCGUCCAGUUGAACACUUUUCUAUUCAGACGCUCUUCGACGAGAGGCGCAAACAGCUUUGAACUUUUCGACGAUUAUUAUCAAAAAUUGGACUACCUGGUUCAGAACUUACACGUUCACUCCUUCGCUUACGAUUUGCAACUUAGAAUGGCCUGGACUUAUAUUUUAGAGAAAAACAGGCUGAAUUCGGCCAUUGCAUACCCUGAGCUAGAGUCAAGUCAGAAAAAUGUGUUAAAUUUUUUGAAGGAUUUCAUCACUUUCCACCACAGCAAAGCACCCUCGAGUUCUAUCAAAAGACUUCUGAGUAAAGAAAUUCGGGUAUCAUUGGGUGUCGGUGAUGAUAUAGACCCGAAGCAGUUCUACGAAUAUCUUGUAGACAGACGACAGCUUUAUAACAUAGCGUGUUUUUCAGUCCCAGGGUCAAUGGGAAAAACGGGAUUGGAAAACACGACCUUGAUCACUCAAAGCUAUGAUGUAAAAGCUAGUCAAAGUCCGUUGAGUUUUUCUGUUGGGGAAUUGAAGUGUACUCUUCUGUUCGCUCACGACAGUUUUGAGAAAACGGAGCACAAACAUCGGAAACAAGCGUGGCCGAUUUGUGACGAGCAACUUUGCUGCAAAUACGAUUUGGGAAAAACUGGGAAGGAGAAGUUUUUGGUCAUUAAAUAUUACCUGAUUCUGAGCUCUGAAAUCAUAGAAGCACCGAAUGUGUUAUUGGACCCGUUUAAGCCAAAUUUGCGCGCGGAAGAGCGUCGAAAGUUUAAUAAAAUUGAGCAAGAUCGCUCAAAAUAUCUUAACGAUAUGCUGCAAGAACAGGACAAACUGUGUACUUGUCAGAUUAAGCGCGUAUUGGAUCGUGUCAAGAAAGAUUUCCACCGUGACUUGCUGUUGAGUAAAAUUGUUGACUGCAGCACGAGUCCAAAAAUGGAAACUAGUUCCAGCUUCCCUGUUGAACCCCAGCCCCCAAGCAGAGGCCAGACUUUCUCGGUGUUCAACAGCAGUGACACGAAAAAGAAGAGUUCCGCUUCAUUGUCAGCUGUUUUUACGCAAAGUCACAUUUUCCAAUCCUGUCUCAACGAGAAAGAAUCUCUGAUGCUUCUCGACUUUUUCUUUCCGAUUUCGAUCGAAGCCUUUCUAAGAGAAGCACAAGCGCGCUUUUUCGACGUGAAAGAACCUGAUUUGAAAGCUGCAGAUACAUUUGCGGCCAAAUUUAGCAGCUUGAUUAAACUUAUUGUGCCUAAAAUUGACGAGUUUUUGGCUGCACUAUCGAGAAUGGCAUCAGUUCACGUAUUGACUUUUUCUACUAAGGACUUAAAUAGCAGUGUAGGAGAAUUUGGCCUCGAAUUUACGGAGAAUGAUCUAUUCGACAACCAACCGGACACCGACUCAAUAUCAGGCAGUGGAGAACAAUGUGCGCUAGUAUUCAGAAAAUCGACGACCUGUCACUACAAAUCCCUUCCUUGCAUUCCCGAGUUUCUGGUUUUGAUAGCAAGGUCGGGAAACUUGCCAAGAACAGUUCUACAGAAACUCAAAACUUCAGAGACAACAGACAACACGAUGAGUUUUGAAAGUAGUCAGAAUCGAGUAGACGUAGAUUCAAAAAUUAUGAUAGUUUCAACUAAUUCUCUGCGAACUAACAAAAAACUCUAUUCUAGUGAAAAUAUCGAAUUUAUUCAGAACAUAUAUAGUUUCAUGAUAUAUUUUUCAUAUCUCAAUUAAUACAAAAUUGUUCAAUAUUA